AUGGUCCGGUCCCUGCAGAGCCUCAGGCCGGAGCGGCAGCUGGACGCGGAGGAGGAGGCGGAGGAGGAGGAGGUGGACAGGAGGUGGGAGGCCAGCUGUGUGCACAGCCCUGCCCGUCCACCUCAGUCCCUGCAGAGCCUCAGGCCGGAGCGGCAGCUGGACGCGGAGGAGGAGGCGGAGGAGGAGGAGGUGGACAGGAGGUGGGAGGCCAGCUGUGUGCACAGGGGUGGGCAGAGGGCAGGAGGUUCGCCCGGGGACAUCCCCUGGCGGCCAGUCACGCCCCGGGGGAAGUCGGUCAAGAAGCACGGGGUGACCACCCGGCAGCUGGUGGACGAGGUCCCCGAGGGGUGCAGCCUGCCGGACUUCGAGCAGAAGCCGGUCACCAUGGCGCUGGCAGAAGGGAAGUCGGUCAAGAAGCACGGGGUGACCACCCGGCAGCUGGUGGACGAGGUCCCCGAGGGGUGCAGCCUGCCGGACUUCGAGCAGAAGCCGGUCACCAUGGCGCUGGCAGAAGGGGCUCCCCGGCCUCCCCCGCACCCCAGUCCCCAGGGGAGGCUGCGUCCACUCAACUCCAUGCGUCCAGGAGGCCGGAUUCAGCUCUGUGGCUGCAGGUGGCGGGAGGCAGGUGUGGGCCUGGCAGGCUCGCAGUACCUGCUCCGACCACCUGGGGGCGCUAUCAACAAGCUGACCGGCGAGGACACGGACAAGUACUACUGCGUCGCCGUGAACCCGUACGGAGAGGCCGUGUGCUCCGCACGGCUCACCGUCAUCGAAGUUGGCUUUCGGAAGAAGCGGAAGAGGAACACGGAACCCCAGGAGGACCUCAGUAAGGAGCUGAUGGACUUGCGGAGGAUGCUGAGGAAGAGUGCCCCGCCUCCCAAGAAGAAGAUGGACCCGGAGCAGGUGUGGCAGCUGCUGAUGUCGGCGGACCGGAAGGACUACGAGAGGCUGUGCAUCCAGUACGGCAUCGCGGACUUCCGCGGCAUGCUGCGCAAGCUGGAGAAGAUGCGCCGGGAGCGGGACGACAGGAUGGCGCAGUACGUCAACUCCGUCUCCAACACGAAACAGAUGAGGGUCACCAAGGAGGGGGUGGCGUUCUUUGAACUGGACCUGGACCUCAAGGAUCCCGAGAGCAAUGUCUACCUGUACAAGGAUGGGGAGAUGGUCCCCUACAGCUCCGAGAGCCACGCCAAGCGCAGCGUACGGCGGCUGGGCAAACACUACCACUUCCAGAUCCAGGACCUGUGGCCGGAGGACGCCGGCCUCUACCAGGUCAAGGUGGAGGACGCGGAGGUCUUCUCCACGGAGCUAGAGGCCAGCGCUUCCGAGGCUGGGCGGCCCCCAGGGCCGGAGACCUACGGCUUCCUCACGGGCACCCUCGUCUCCUGCCCACAGCCAGAGAGCCCCAGGCCACAGGGCAGCCACUUGGUUGAGCCAGAGGGAACCCACUUUGGGAACCAGCAACCCCCCAUGGACAGAGAGCUGCUGCUGAGGGCAGAGGGGGCCGCACCUGGUGGCGGGGGCGUGGCGGCGGGCAGGGGCAUCCAGCCCUCAGGCUCAGCCUUUGCCCCCCACGUAUAA